CGAGAUCCGCCAUCGCUUUCUUUUAUUAUUUGGCCGGCCGUUGGGAAGUUUUAACCCACGAAUUAAACGACACGGAGAAGUGAGAAAGAGAUCUAAGAUUCUACAUUUGGCUAGGGUUUCAGCAUUUCCCCCGAUUUCGCCCCUUUUGAUGAAAAAUGCUGCGUUGAGGUAGAAUCUAGGGCAGAAGAAAGAACAAUGGGAAGCGUGGAUGUGGAAGCUGAAGCCGCUAAGAAGCGAUCAGAUGUAGUUGAGUGGCUAAACUAUUUAUUUCCCGACUUUAACUUACCUCUGGAGGCAUCUGAUGAGGAAUUAAGAGCACUUUUGCUUGAUGGAUUUGUGUUUUUUGGCAUUCUGGGGAGGAUAAAUCCGGCUUAUUCAGGAGAGAUUCAAGGUGGAGAAUUUGUGCCCGAGAAGCGCUCGGAUUAUAUAAGAGGGUUUGCUUCGGCUGUGGACCAAAUGGGUUUACCCUGUUUUAAAAUUUUGGACCUAGAGCAGGGAUCCAUGUCUUCAGUUGUAAUGUGCCUUCUUUCAGUCCGAGAUCACAUAAUCUCUAGCAAUGGGAAUGAUGGGAUUCAGAAAUCACUUGUCAAAUCUUGGAACCGGCCAUCAGAUAGCUGGAGAUCUCUAGAAGCUGACAAUUUGGAGGGUGUGGAUAUUCGACAGGAUGAGCAGACUAAUGGGGAUCAAAACUCUAGUAGAGUGGAAGAUGAGACGAAUCAAAAUGACUGGCAGUUGAAAUUUCAACUUUCGAUGCUGAAGCCAACGACUCCUCUAUCAUCUAAUGCUGUCGACAAGUUUCAUGAGGUUUUCCAACUAAAACAAGGGCGCUAUUCUGAUCUUCCUGCAUCAAAGAUUUCAGAGAUGAUGAAGUCAAAUAGUUUCGAAAGUGCCCCAACACAGUCACUUUUGAGUGUUAUGAAUGGGAUUCUUGAUGAAAGUAUUGAGAGGAAGAGUGGAGAAAUACCUCAGCGCGUAGCAUGCUUAUUGAAAAAAGUCGUGCAAGAGAUUGAGCGGCGUAUUUCAACUCAGGCAGAACAUAUACGAAAACAAAACAAUCUCAUUAAAGCACGGGAAAGGAAGUUCCAGUCGAGGAUCAGAGCACUUGAAACUCUAGCAAGCGGGUCAAGUGAAGAAGCGAAGAUUAUCAUGGACAAGCUCCAGUAUGUCAAGACAGAAAAAAGCAAAAUUGAAGAGAGCAAGAAACUUGGGGAACAAGACGUGCUUAGACCGAUGGACGAGAAUGAAGCUAGGAAUCGAAAAAUCAAUCAUGAGCUUAGAUACCUACUGCAGGAUCUGAAGGCAUCUUCCGAGUCCAUAAAAGACGAGGUUCUAAGUACAAAACAGAGAUGGACAGAAGAGUUUUCUAGCUUAGGAAAAAAACUGAAAGUAUUGACUGAUGCUGCUGAAAACUAUCAUGUAGUUCUUGCUGAAAACCGUAAACUAUUUAAUGAGGUUCAAGAAUUAAAAGGAAAUAUCCGAGUUUACUGUCGUAUAAGACCAUUCCUUUCUGGAGAAAACAGAAAAUCAACAACAAUAGAUUAUAUUGGUGAGAAUGGUGAACUUCUCUUGGUAAAUCCUUUCAAACAGGGAAAGGAUGGUAAUCGCUCAUUCAAGUUCAACAGGGUCUUUGGUCCAGCUGCUACUCAAGAGGAAAUUUUCCUAGACAUUCAGCCCUUAAUACGGUCAGUUCUAGACGGGUAUAAUGUGUGCAUUUUUGCAUAUGGUCAAACUGGAUCGGGGAAAACCUCACGAUGGUAUGGACCUAAUUUGUCAACUAAAGAGGAUUGGGGUGUCAACUACCGAGCGCUGAAUGACCUUUUUAACAUUUCACGGAGUAGGAGAAAUUCUAUCAUGUAUGAAGUUGGCGUUCAGAUGGUUGAGAUAUAUAAUGAGAAAGUACAGGAUCUCCUUGUAAAUGAUGCAUCACAAAAGAAGCUUGGAGUCAUGAAUAGCUCUCAGCCUAAUGGUCUUGCUGUUCCUGAUGCAAGUUUACAUCUUGUAAACUCUACCUCUGAUGUGUUAGAAUUGAUGCAAAUUGGAUUGGCGAAUAGGGCUGUCGGUGCCAAGGCUCUCAAUGAAAGAAGUAGUCGGUCACACAGCAUUGUGACUGUUCAUGUGAGAGGUGCUGAUUUAAAGACCGGAGCCACACUUCGCAGUUCUCUUCAUUUGGUCGAUCUUGCUGUAAGUGAGAGAGUUGACCGCUCUGAAGUAACUGGAUAUAGGCUCAGGGAAGCACAACAUAUCAACAAGUCUUUAUCUGCUCUGGGAGAUGUGAUAUUUGCUCUUUCGCAAAAAAGUUCACAUGUGCCAUAUAGGAACAGCAAGCUUACUCAAGUCUUGCAAAGUUCCUUAGGUGGACAAGCAAAAACACUUAUGUUCGUACAGAUUAACCCAGAUGUAAAAUCAUAUUCAGAAACUUUUAGUAUGAAGUUUGCUGAAAGGGUAUCGGGAGUUGAGUUAGGUGCCGCACGGAGCAACAAAGAGAGCAAGGAUAUCAGAGACCUGAUGGAACAGGUGGCUUCACUUAAGGGAAAAAUGGCAAGGAAAGAUGAGGAAAUUGAACGUUUGCAAUUGCUUAAAGAUAUGGGAAAUCAGUCUCCUGGUGUCAGCAAAAGACAUGGGAGCAACUCGUUGAGGCUAUCGUCCUCCUCUCCUGGACUUUCACUGCUAGAUUUUGCCACCCAACACAAGCGAAGAUCGUCUAGCCGAAGGGCAGCGGUUCCUAUUCAAAGGUCUGCUUCAGAUCCUGGGAAUUCCUCUAACAGUGACAGUCAUUCUGAGGCUAGUCCACGACAGUCUAUGGAUGAAAAUGAAAUUUCAGAACUAAAGAAGCUGUAUGGAGGGGACUUUGGUCGAAACUUUUCUGCAGAAUUUGAUUCAGAUGAAAGAUUAAGUGACGUAUCAGAUAUUUGUUUAUCCGUAGGAGCAGAAAAUGAGAGCUUAAUGAACAAUUCUGUGGAGCUCCCCUUGUUCACAGAGCAUUGCAGAGAUGUCACAAAGGAGAAGAUGUUUGUCCCAUCUCAAGUACCAAGACCAACACCAAAAAGCGCUGUGCAAACAACAUCGAUGAGGAUCAGGGAGAAGGAAAGCAUGAGGAGUUCAAGUAUUAGGAGAAGCACCACUAAUCAAGCAACACCAUCUUCCACGAAAUAUGGAAAGCGUUGGCAGUAGAGAGGAAGAGUUUUAGUAGGAACGUUAUAUUAUCCCUGACCACUUCUGUAAGUUAUUAGCCGGUUAACUUAAACUGAUUGAAUGCUUAUUGAAAUGGCUCAGGUUUCAGAGAUAGAACUCUUUUUUCCAUGGCUCCUUGCUCAUAGCCAUGUAUUAUUAGGUGGUUCCAGUUCCACGUGUAAUUUCGUUUCAUUAUAAAUAUCAUCAUCAGGUUCAUUAAUAUCGUAACCAGGUGAUUCUUCAUAUUUUCUA